UGUACUCGUACCUGUACCGCGGUAGUCAUCAAUCAUCAUUCAUGGUCAUGGUGUAGUUGCACUGACACAUUCUUAUGUAGAUCUACUGGUACGUAGAUCUAUGGUCUGCGGCUUUCAGAUCGCGCACAUAGCAAACCUGGGUCUGGGAUGUGUGUUUGAGCGUGAAUGACAUGCACAACAGUAGCUCCAUGGUCUGGACCAUCAUCAUGUAACUUGUUGAUGGAGUUGUGCGAGUUGAGCAUCCAGUAUUCAUGGUGUUAUCGUUGAUUGAUCGAACUGACUCCUGCCGGGGCCUGUUUGUUGAGGACGAAGUGAUCGCAUCUCGCUGUAUCGGCGAAUCUUCGCCUACAUAGGUCUGCGGUGAUGGGCAACACCGACAGCAAAACUUUACGUACAGUUGGCAAUACGCUGCAGAUCGAAUCCUCCUCGCCGCCCGUCCUGCCUUCAGUGGAGACGGUGCUGCAGAAAUUGGGCAAUGGCUACUUUGGGGACGUGUGGCACGCCAAAUGGACGCCACCAGGUGAAGUGCAGAGCGAGGACGUGGCCGUGAAGGUGCCGAACCGUCGGACCAAAGAUGAGAGAGCACUGCUAACGGAAUUCCUCCGCGAAGGCGAGCUGCUCGGAAGACUCAAACAUCCGAAUGUCGUCCGUGUGCGGCUGGCGGAGAGUCACGACGGCUUGCCGUACAUAGUGAUGGAGUUAGUCCAGGGUGGAUGCACUCUGCUGGACAUGGCUAAGAAUAUACCAUUCUUCACAACACUGAGCAGCGAGACGCUACGAGCCAGCUUCUGCAUGAUGGGAGCUGGUGUAGCGGCUGGCAUGGACUAUCUUCAGAAGCAAUUCAUUGUACAUAGUGACCUGGCCGCGCGCAACAUCCUGGUGAUGAACAGUGGAAAGUGCAGAAUCACUGACCUGGGUUUUACUCGCCAGAUGGUGGGCAAGACACCGCUUGGGUCCAUACCAUUCAAAAAUCACGAGUACGUGUACAUGGCUAACAGCCAGGGUACCUAUGCUCUGCCCGCGCUCUGGAGUGCGCCCGAAACGUUCCGCGGCCCCGCGACCAGUCGGUCGGACGUCUGGAGUCUCGGCGUGGUGCUCUGGGAGGUGAUGUCGCAUGGCGCAACGCCGUACGAGAGCGUGAACGGCAUCAUCACACCACGUGGGGUCAGUGUCAGCUGUUUGCGAACGUUCCUGGAGGACGGCGGGCGGCUGCCAAAGCGGGAAACCGCUCUCGGAGAAGUCUACCCACUGAUGCUUGAAAUAUGGCGGCUGAAACCAGAGGAGAGGCCAAGCUUCCAGAAAAUUCAAGAAAGGCUGGAGAUCCUGGCUUGCGGUGGGCGCUGGAAAUUCUAUCAGGAGGUGGCGAAGCUCGUGGCUACUCAGUACCUCGAAUCCCAGUGGACCUUUGUGGUGCUGCUUUUCGGUGUGGCGUGGUGGUGGUACUGGCGUCAAGCUUGAUUCCAGCAAGGCGCGCCCCCGCUGCGUGCAAUGUCAACUCAAGACUGUUUCCCAAUGUACAUGUAAGCGCUUGGUUAACAUUUAGAAGUAAUUUGCAUUAUGACUGUCUAAACAUCUGAGAAUGACAGUAGUGCAAGCCUGCGAAAGAUAUUGUCCUUGAAGGCUUGAUAAAGCUAUCUCCCCCCCCCCCCCCCCCACACACACACACAAUAACUAUUGGUCUUAUCUAUGCAAAUUCCUAGUUUUUAACAUUAUGUCUCCCGGCAGUGUACUACUUUUUGGAAGAAUUGCCCGGUGUGCACGAUCUGUACUGCCGUGUUCUGGCAUUCUGCAUCCAUCACCAGAACGGCAAAUAGCAGCAGCAUUCGGCGAUUGAAGUGCACGGUCACCAGAAGAAAUCGGAGAGUGCACCAGUGCGUAUAGAUAUCACGUGUAUAUGUACAUGAAGGUGCAUCGGUGUGUCCGGGUGUUAGAAAGAAUUUUCCGCAACGUUGAUAGCUGUUGUUUGUUGUUGUUUUGCCGUGAGCGAGCAUGCGUUUCUGGUUCUUCCUGCUGCUCUUUGCCCUCGCUACUUACAAGUUAUUCAUGCCUAGUCUGCAGGCGUAGGACCGUUACUUCUUGAACAUUCAUCCGCACUCUAUUUACGAGGAAUUACACAUACACUGGUGUAUCUGCUAGCUAUUACCCGUUUUGUUAUUCAGAAAUAUAGUAAUUUAGUGUUAUAGUAUUACAUUAUCCAUGCGGAGACAGUACUAUUACUUCCAUCCAAGGCUAUAGAGAAUCGGAUGCAUAUACAUGUACAUGUAUAAUCUUGCUAACUGGCUACUGUGUUCUGAUUUCGUUGUACACGCACACACACACACACACACACACACUAGGUUUUCCUACUUCAUUCGCCUUUUUUCAUUUCAAGAUAGCCUUAGUUUAGUGUUAAUUCUUUGUGCUAUUGCUAUGCAGCCGCUAUCAAAAGCUCUGCUUGGACGAUGUUCUUUGAUUCCAGUUUUCAAUAUCAUUACAAGAAAUUAAUUUCAAAGGCCGUCGGUUCUGUUA